AUGUUCGGUCGCCGUCACCACGCCGCUCCUGUAGUCACUACUACCGCUCCCCGCCGUCGCAGAGGUCUCUUCGGCGGCCCUCGUCGCACUCAUCACACCACCGCCGCUCCCAUGACUACCUCUACCCGUCGCCGAGGCGGUCUCUUUGGCGGAAAGCGCAGACAUCAUGCCACUACCACCCAUCAUCACCACACCACCGUCGCCCCUGUCCAUCACCAGCAGAGGCGGCCAUCCAUCGGUGACAAGAUCAGUGGUGCCUUCCUGAAGUUGAAGGGAACUCUCACUGGAAGACCUGGCCAGAAGGCUGCGGGCACGAGGAGGAUGCAUGGCACUGAUGGCCGGGGAAGCAGGAGGAGAUUUUACUAA